AGGAUAUAAAUUCCGAGGCACUUUCCGUUUUCCUAUCAACUUCCUUUAAAUAUUCAAUUUUCAACUCUUCCAACCCAAACAACCACUUCACUUUUCUUUCUCCCUUUCGCUUCCAUUCCACCAUGAGUCGCGCCGAUCAAGAUAAUGCGAAUAGGAAGAUGCCUUCGUAUUUUGAUUUGCCACCUCUUGAUGUUUCUGUGGCAUUUCCACAGGCCACUCCAGCCUCCACUUUUCCUCCUUGUGUUUCAGAUUAUUUUCAUCUCAACGACUUAUUGAAACCGGAGGAGCAGGCAGUUAGGAACAAAGUGAGAGAGUGUAUGGAAAAAGAAAUUGCUCCCAUAAUGACCCAGUACUGGGAGAAGGCUGAAUUCCCAUUUCAAGUCAUCCCAAAGCUUGCUGCCCUGCGUAUUGCUGGUGGCACAAUUAAGGGUUAUGGUUGUCCUGGUUUUUCCAUAACUGGAAAUGCUGUUGCUGCAGCAGAAGUUGCUAGAGUUGAUGCAAGCUGUUCAACUUUCAUUUUGGUCCAUUCUUCCUUGGCAAUGCUCACUAUUGCAUUGUGUGGGUCUGAAGCUCAGAAGCAAAAGUAUCUACCUUCUUUGGCUCAAUUACAAACUAUAGCAUGUUGGGCUUUGACUGAACCUGAAUAUGGAAGCGAUGCCAGUGCUUUGAAGACAACAGCAACAAAGGUUGAUGGUGGUUGGAUCAUUGAGGGCCAAAAGCGGUGGAUAGGAAACAGUACAUUUGCUGAUUUGUUGGUUAUCUUUGCAAGGAAUACCACAACUAAUCAAAUAAAUGGAUAUAUUGUCAAAAAGGAUGCGCCUGGUUUAACAGUCACAAAAAUAGAGAAUAAAAUUGGACUUAGGAUCGUUCAAAAUGGAGACAUAGUUUUGAGGAAAGUUUUUGUCCCUGAUGAUGACAGAAUAGAAGGAGUCAAUUCUUUUCAAGACACAAACAAGGUACUUGCUGUUUCGCGUGUAAUGGUUGCUUGGCAACCUAUUGGUAUAUCAAUGGGCAUCUAUGAUAUGUGUCAUAGGUAUCUAAAGGAGAGGAAACAAUUUGGAGCACCAUUAGCAGCUUUCCAAAUCAGUCAACAGAAACUUGUUCAAAUGCUCAGUAACGUUCAAGCAAUGAUUCUUGUUGGUUGGCGCCUGUGCAAGUUGUAUGAGAGUGGCAAACUGACUCCAGGUCGUGCUAGCUUGGGGAAGUCUUGGAUCACCUUGAGGGCAAGAGAAACAGCUGCCUUGGGGCGAGAGUUGCUUGGUGGCAAUGGAAUUUUGUCUGAUUUUCUAGUGGCGAAGGCAUUCUGUGACUUAGAACCUAUCUAUACCUACGAAGGCACGUAUGACAUCAACACCUUGGUUACAGGCAGGGAAGUUACUGGUUUUGCCAGCUUUAAACCAGUUGCUCAAAGAAGUAGAUUGUGAAAGUGUAAAAUGUGUCCCUCUAUAUAUAGACUAUCAGAUCGACUCCAUUGGUUUGUGUUUAUAAUUAAUUAACAAUCCAGAAGCAUUCAAUAAUUAUACAAAUGUUUGUGUAGACAACAACGCAGUAAAAUGAAAAAUAAUGAUCUUGAGAUAUUUUUCCAGUCCA